GUCCCAGUCCAGCCCCAGUCCCGGCUGAGCAGCGUCUGCCCCACAGACCCCACGGACCCCACGGCUAAGGUACCACCAGGCUCUGCCACCGCCAUGGGGCUAAGUCCCACUCCUGCCCUCGUCCUCGCUCUGCUGCUGCUGCUGCUGGGGGCUUCAGUGGAUGGGCAGCCCCGGGGGCGGAUCCUGAGGGGCUACGAGGCCAAGCCCCACCUGAGGCCGUACAUGGCCUCGCUGCAGCUGGACGGGCAGCACCUCUGUGGGGGCUUCCUCAUCGCCGAGCAGUGGGUGCUGAGCGCUGCCCACUGCACCGAGGAGACGGACGGCAAAUUCUUCCAGGUGCUCCUGGGCGCCCACUCGCUGACGGAGCCGGAGCCGCACAAACGCCUGUACCGGGUGCGCGCCCAGAUCGCCCACCCCGGCAGCAACAUCCACAACAACAAAGACGACCUCCUGCUCCUCCAGCUGGAGGAGAAAGCAGAGCUGAGCACAGACGUGCAGGUGCUGCCGAUCCAGCGGGAGGACAGGGACGUGGCGGCUGACACCGAGUGCCUGGUGGCCGGCUGGGGAGUCACCACCAACACCCACCGCCGGCCCGACAAGCUCCACGAGGUGACGCGCCCGGUGGUCAGCCGCGACGUCUGCAACCACCGCAGCCGCCACGACGGCACCAUCACCGAGAAGAUGAUGUGCACCAACUCCCACAAGCUCGACACCUGCAAGGGAGACUCUGGUGGCCCCCUGGUCUGCAACGGGGUGGCCGAGGGGGUGGUCACGGCCGGCUCCCGUGUCUGCGGCAACUACAAGAAGCCUGCCAUCUACACCCGCAUCGCCCCCUACGCCGACUGGAUCGACAGCGUCAUGGCCUCUGCCGCUGGGGAGGAGGAGGAGGACACUCGCUGAGCCUCCCUCCUCGCCGGGCGCCUGGCUCCACACCACAGCUUGCUGCUGCCGGCACGGCCACAGCGCCCACGCUGCACGGCCGAGCACCUUGAGGCUCCCACUGCUGCCCUUUCCUUCUCCCGGAGCAUCUCCUGGCACCUGGAGGGCAACUGGGCUGGGGGAUUGGCACAAAAACCCCAAACGAAACAGGGGGAGGGGGUCCCCGGCCCCCGGCUCGCACAGCAGAGGGCCCAGCUGGGGGAGGAUGGGGGAGGGGGGGGGCGAGAGCCUCUCCCGUGCUGGUGCGAGCCGCAGGCUUUGCUGAUCCUGCCCCUAACGCUGCCUGUGUCCCACCGCAAUAAAGUGAUGAUGACUCCUGCA